AUGCUCCCCAGCGCCGUGGCGGCCCACGCCGGCGCGUACUGGGACGUGGUGGCGUCCUCCGCGCUCCUCAACUUCCCCGCGGCUCCGGGCUUUGGCAACUUGGGCAAGAGUUUCCUGAUCGAGAACUUGCUGCGGGCUGGGGGCGCCCCGCCGCACGCGCUGCAGCCACCCCCGCACCACGGCCCGGCGUCCGCUCUAGUGGCCGCCGCCGCCGCCACGGCAGCCGGCGCACAGGUCCGGCCCCUGCCGGCCAACCCCGUUCCCCUCAAGCUGUGCCCCGCGGCCGAACCCGUCAGCCCCGGCGGAGCGCCGUACGGCACGCGUUGGGCUUUCCAAGUGCUCAGCCCCUCGGCCGACGGCGCCAGGCUGCCGGGCCGGGCUCCGGGGGAUCGAGACUCUACCUUCCAGCCGUCAGCCCCAGCGUCUUCCAAACCUUUCUUCCUGAGUGCCUCACCAUUCUACUCUGCAUGCUGUGGUGGGUCCUGUCGGCGCCCAGCAUCCCCCACUGCUUUUGCAAGAGAAGAGAAUGUGCUGUCCCUCCUGACCCAGGACUCGAACUCCAAAGCUCGGCGGGGUAUUUUAAGAAGAGCUGUUUUUUCUGAGGAUCAGAGAAAGGCUCUGGAGAAAAUGUUUCAGAAGCAGAAAUAUAUCAGCAAAACAGACCGAAAGAAACUUGCCAUCAGCUUGGGACUAAAGGAAUCACAGGUGAAAAUUUGGUUUCAGAACAGAAGAAUGAAAUGGCGGAAUUCCAAAGAGAAAGAAGUGCUUUCCAACAGGUGUAUCCAAGAAGUAGGCCUUCAAGAGGAUCCCCUCUCGCGGUCUGCUCUGGGGUUCCCUUCUCCAUGUCCUUCGCUCUGGGAAGUCUCCCAACAGCACUCAAGUCCAAGAUGGAGGGAGAAUUCGCCAGAACCUUCAGAAAGACUGAUCCAGGAGAGUUCAGGCGCACGGCCCCCAGAAGCAAAUUCACUUCAGGGUGCCUUGUAUUUGUGUUCUGAAGAAGCUGGAGACAAGGGUGUGCUUACUGGGGCUGUCUGAAUGGAAGCCU